AGGGAUGCAGUGGUAUAACGAUUUCUAGCUUCCAGGACGGAUUCCUCUGUCCUUCCAUCCUUCCUCUUCUCUCUCUGAAUUGCAGAAUGACGACAUUUUAAUCUUGCGGACGAUUUUUCCCCCUCUGGACCCUUUCAUCCACGUUGUCUCGUCGCUGCUUCUAUCACAUCUGCUCUCAUUGUCCUCUCCUGAGAUUUUUUUUUGCGUUUGGAGAACAGAAGAUUGAUCAGAUAAUAUGGAUUACACGACACUCUAAUUGCAACGCAAUGCAACCAUAUAGCAUUUUUGUGGACCUAAGGAACCCACUGGAGAAAUAAACAGCUAGAACCCAGACACAUGGCAAGAACCGUUUUUCUGGCAGGGUACUGAGGGAUUUUCUCAAUGGAGGAACCCAUCUUGCGUAAUGCCAAAAUGCAAGUCUAGACUGUGCACGAUGGAGGGAUGGGAUGCAAACCAUCUGUUGCGUGAGAAGGAAAGCAGGGGAAGCAUCUGUGCAUGAAUGUUCAAACAGAACCGAGACAUCACUGUGCAAUUACCGAACCGUUUAUACCAUUUGGACUCUUUUUCAUAAUCAUCGACUUCGAUCUGAACAUCUUCUCUGUAGUUGUUUCUCAUGCAGAGGCAUGCACUGAAGGAGCAAUGCAUGCUAACACUGUGUCUUUAUAUUCACCUGUCUAAAAGUCUGAGCUGAACCUUCUGAAGCCUCCAGGUGUGCGAUUAAUUAUUGAUUUUUACUCCACUCUAGCUGUCUCUCCUUGAAAAAGGGCUCCACAUGAGCAACUCAGGGACCCUUCAGCGUCGAACAACCUACCUCAUCUCCCUCACACUGGUCAAGGUCGAGGCCAUAGGGAGCGAUGAAGGGACCAAUGAAGAGACCAAACUCCAGAGUCCCACCUCAGCCCCAGGGCUUGUUCUGGGCCCUGAAGAUGGAGCAAAAACGAAGGAGGAGGAGAGCAAGCCACCAGAAGAUGACAAGUCACCAGGAUGUUCUGAGGUGAAGGAGCAGAAAGUGGAGAUUAAAAAAUCUAACAGGAGCAACAAUGGAUGUCCUAUUAGGACGCUUCCUCCAAAACCCAAGGUUCCAAGUUACCCUCCUGCAGUGAGUCAGUACAAAGCAAGAGAAUUUCAGAAAGACACUGGAGCUGAUGGCAAAGAAAAGCGAGAGGACGAAAUGGCAAAGACAGAUGUUUCUAAAAUGGAUAUUUACAAACCAGAGUUCUACAUCCCAUCUUCUGAAAGAAGUUCAGAUGACGUGGUGUCAAAUGGAACCUCUGUCCGUCCCAGUGUACCAGUCCGUCUAAUCCAGCGUCCUGAGACGGCCCUAAGACCUCACACUACGGUAACUAUGAAUCGCAGAGAGUUCAAGGACCCCAGCAAGACUAUUUCAUCCUCUGCUAAGAGUCUUGAUGUCAAAGCUAGAGAACACUCACCUCCAGUGACCAUCACCAUGACCAUGGGUCCGUAUAGGGCUUCCUGGUCAGAAAGUGAAGGCAGAGGCAUGUACCAGCGCCUGGCCAUGGAACCUUUAAUGGUAACAGAGGAAGGACUUCCAACGCGGGAAAGCCCCAGAGUGGAAAAGCUUAAAACCAUCUCCACAUCACUCCCAGCACCGGCCUCCACACAACCUCCUGCUAAACCGCAACGCAAAGGGAAGAGCCGCACUCUGGACAACAGCGACCUGAACCUGCUUUCUGAGGACCUGAAGAAAGGAAAGGAGGCCCACACUGGAUCCGGGCUACGCUCUUCUGCUCAUGCUCCAGGAAAAGACAGAAAAAUGCUCAAGUUCAUUAGCGGUAUUUUCACCAAGAGCACCCAGUGUCCUGUCACGGUUCCGGUGGUUCCUGCUGCCCCGAUUCCUCUGCACAGCCCCCUGAGGAGGCGCUCGAGUGAGGAGGAAGUGAGUCAGGAGUGGAUGUUGAGUCGAGCGCUUCAGGAUCUACAUCUGGCAGUGUUGGGGAGUCUGCGCAGCGGGAAAUCAGCGCUUGUGCAUCGCUACAUGACCGGUCGCUACCUCGCCCUCGAGACUCCUGAGGUGUGUAGAUUUGAGAAGGAAGUGCUGAUUGAUGGACAGAAUCAUAAUUUACUGAUCCGAGAUGAGCCGGGACUCCCAGACACACAGUUGUGCAGUUGGCUGGAUGGAGUGAUUCUGGUGUUCAGUCUGGAGAAUGAGAGCAGCUUCCUGGAGGUUUAUAACAUUUACAGAGAGCUGUGUAUGAACCGCAACGUUGCUGAAAUCCCCUUCAUCGUAGUCGGCACUCAGGAUAAGAUAACGAGCGCAAAUCCCCGUGUGAUUGAUGACGUCCGGGCGAGACAGUUGUGUUCAGAUGUCCAUCGCUGUGUCUAUUACGAAACCUGCGCCACCUAUGGCCUAAACGUCAACCGUGUCUUUACUGAUGCUGCACAGAAGAUUGUUUCGAUGAAGAGACAGCUGGCUCUCUACACUUCCUGUAAGUCUUUACCCAAUUCUCCCAGUCACUCGGGCAGAUCCACACCCCUGUGUGCAGCUUUUACACCACAGGCCAGUAAUGGAGGCCAGAGCAGUGAUUAUUCCUCCUCUCUACCCUCCACUCCAGUCAUCACUCACAAACACAUCAGCAUGGCGUCUGGAGGAGAAAAGCUCAGCCGAACGUCCCAGUUCACGUUACGCAGAGGAAGUGAUUCAGAUCGGAGGAGUGCAGAUAGUAAAGCAGAGUUUGGAAUCGGUCGCACAAUACCUAUUAAACAGAGUGUGUUGCUGAAGCGAAGUGGAAGCUCUCUUAAACAGGAGUGGAAGAAAAAGUAUGUGACGUUAUCAGCUAAUGGCACGCUGAGUUACCACGCUAACGUCAGUGACUACAUGCAGAAUGUUAAUGGUAAAGAAAUUGAUCUGCUGCGGGUGACAGUUAAAGUUCCAGGGAAACGCCCCCCACGGGCUGUACCAUCCUCUGCCCCCCCGCCUGGACUGAAUGGGACAUUUCAGGGUGAGCUAACAGCAGACGACACAUGUUCAGCCUCCAUGUUGGCAAGUGCUCAUUUAUCAGUAGAUGAUGGAGCAGGAGUGUAUGGACAGAGGACCCCGUUUACUCUCUCCUCUGUGCACAACAUCGAUAUCGAGGGUGUGUUGAGCCCGACAUUAAUGAAAGACCCGAGCACGUCUCCUACAGCAGACAGAAAGAAGCAGCGCAGAAAGAAGAACGUGACUCAGAGAUCAGAGAGCACGCUGGGACACGCUGAAGCCAAACGCAAAAUGUGGAAAUUAAAAAGCUUUGGCAGCCUGAAAAACAUAAACAGGACAGAUGAUGAGAACUGCGAGUUCCUGAUUGUCUCCAGUUCGGGGCAGACGUGGCACUUUGAGGCUCAGAGUGCAGAGGAACGAGACUCGUGGGUUCAGAACAUCGAGAGUCAGAUCCUUGCCAGUUUACAGAGCUGUGAGAGCAGCAGGCACAAGGCGAGGAGGAACAGUCUGAGUGAAGCUGUGGCGAUUCAGGCUGUACGGAACGCUAAAGGAAAUGCGUUUUGUGUGGACUGUGACGCGCCCAAUCCCACGUGGGCCAGCCUGAACCUCGGGGCGCUGAUCUGUAUCGAGUGUUCGGGGAUUCACAGGAACCUGGGCACUCACCUGUCCCGUGUCCGCUCUCUGGACCUGGAUGACUGGCCGUACGAGCUCACGCUGGUCCUCAUCGCCAUAGGAAACCACAUGACCAACAGCAUCUGGGAGAAACGAACGAGGGGACGGCAGAAACCUCGACCUGAUGCCACGCGAGAGGAGCGUGAGGCAUGGAUUCGUGGGAAAUAUGAGCAGAAGUUGUUUUUAGCUCCACUCUCCUCUCUGACUGACGGAUCGGAUGCGCCUCUCUCAGCCCGCCUCCACGCCGCUGUGAUUGACAGGGACCUUCCCAGACUCCUCCUCUUGUUAGCUUACAGUACGAAGGAGGAGAUCAAUGCUCCACCACCCUACAUGAUUCGCUACGGCAACGGAGGAGUGCACCAAUCACAGCCAGCCCUGCAUGCUGCGUGUCAGCUGGGAGACGUAGUCAUGACGCAGCUGCUGAUCUGGUAUGGCAGUGAUGUGAGAAGCGUGGACUCUCUGGGACAGACAGCUCUGACCCUGGCUCGGCGAGCAUGCAGUCAGGUGUGUGUGGAAAUCUUACUUCAGUACGGAUGUCCCAGUGAGAUCAGCCCCACUAUGUCCUCUGCCUCGAUCACGUCUCCGUCUGGAGCAGCCAGUCCCAGUCUCUCACGCAACAGCAGCUCCACCAGCCUGAGUCGUUGCAGCAACAAAAGACACCUCUCCUGAGGUUGAGGCAGGUGCGGUCAGGACCAACAUGUCAAAAGAAUCCCGAUGACUUUGGUAUGAACUCCUGAUGUGCUGAAGAGGAUUACGAGGAUUAAUUACUACUUAAAUACUGUGAUGUGAACACUCGCUCUGCAGAGACACAACGAGAUCAUAAAGCGCUUUAGAGACUAAAAUUAACAAAAAAAAAUCUGAAAUAAAUAGUUAAUUUAAACACAUGUACAUAUAGAGUAAGAAUCGAGAACCUAUGUACUUAUGAGAGAGAGAAAGAGAGAGAGAGAGAGAGAGAGACUACAAGAUGAAAUGUAUAGGAAAGAAAAACUAGAAAUUAAAUGAUUCUUACUAUUAGUUGCUGAUUAACGUGUGGAAAAAAAGAGCAGUAGAUAUGAGGAGAAUGAGUCGGAUCCCCCUGACACACACACACACACACACACAUAUGCACACACAUACACACACACAUAUACACACACACAGAGAUUAGCCUGCAUUAGCAUGCUGUGAGAUAAGCUAGUGUGUUAGCAAAACAUAACUAUUUAGCUAAUAGUGCUAUAGAAUAAGAAAGUAAUAAAUACAUUACUAUACACUGCAUUAGCUAAACAUUAACAUCUUAAUAUGUGAACAUGUAAGAAAUAAAAGAAAUAAGUUCUACAGGUUGGCUAUGUCAGGGGGAGCGGCUCAUCCAUCAGAGGCACUUUAGGCAAACUAAACUGAAAAUUAAAUAUUAUUUGAAACAAGUACAGUGCUAGUGUUUUUACACACUUGAUCCCUUCCUCAAGGGGGCGUCAUAAGCAGUAUCUGACCACGGCCCUGAGAUACGCUUUAGUUACAUUUUUAAUGAAUCCGAUGCUUCAUUUUAACUGACUUUCCUUUUUCUUUAAGUCAAAUCUGUAGUCAGAUAUAAUAUCAUUCAUUAGUAAAGGUUAAAAAUAAGUGCUUUGGACCAGAACUUCCUGUUAGUGGCGCUCUCUACAGCGCAUCAACCUGAGUUAAUGCCUUGUGUUUCAUUUGAAUGUAUUUCAGAAUCUCAUGUUCUUGAUGCAGUGUUUCUAACUGAGCUGGUGUUGUGUGCGUGUGUGUGUGUGUGGUUGCCGAUUGUGCCAUUAAUUAAAAUCGUAAAAUAGCACAUUCCUUCCAUCUCAUGAAGCUGAAUGCAUUGUUGUGUAGUGUAGUCAGAGAACAGCACCGUGAUCAUGAUGAUGAUGACGAUGAUGAUGAUGAAGCUCUGAGCCAGCUCCUGAUGUAGUGUUGAACGUUUACAGAUAGUAUUUUGCAGGUUUUUCUUUUCUCUAGUGAACUACAGAUGAAGUAACCAUGCAAUGUGUUUUAGUAUGUUCAUCUCUCCACUUCAGUGCUUCUGCUCUUCUCUGUGACUUCAUUAUUUUUCGCAAUUUUGACCGAAUGCAUUUAUUCAUGUGCAAUGUUAAAGAUGUUUUUUUCUACUUUUAACUGCACUCAGAAAAUACA